AAAUUAACGUGUCUUUGUGUAUUAGUUUGACCACCAGAGGGCAGUAGACUUCUAACAUCAAGAGGACUCGACAGGAACUGAAAGAAGAAGACUAAAAGCCGCUCCAGGAUCAGUUUGAAUGAGCCACCAGCUUUGAUAGUUUGUUCAUUUGUUUUAUCUAACUGGUUUGUUUGGGUUAUUUGGACUUGUAUCCUGUUGUGUAACGUUAUAAUGUCCGGCAUACCUCCAGACACAUGGCAGCCGCCCACCGUGGCUAUGGAGACCACGAUGGGGACGGUUCUGGUGGAGCUUUACUGGAACCAUGCCCCCAAAACGUGCAAGAACUUCGCAGAGCUGUGCAGGAGAGGCUACUACAACAACACCAAGUUUCACCGGAUUAUCAAAGACUUCAUGGUGCAGGCGGGGGAUCCUACAGGAACAGGUCGAGGCGGAGCCUCCAUUUAUGGUAAACAGUUUGAGGAUGAACUUCACCCGGACCUGAAAUUUACAGGCGCUGGAAUCCUGGCCAUGGCUAACGCAGGACCAGACACCAAUGGAAGUCAGUUCUUCCUCACCCUCGGACCCACGCAGUGGCUAGACGGGAAGCAUAGUAUUUUUGGAAGAGUGUGCCAAGGCAUGGGAGUGCUAAACCGGAUCGGGCUGGUGGAAACAAACAGUCAAGAUCGUCCGGUCGAUGAUAUUAAAAUUGUCAGAACCACUUUACCUAAUUAGACAAAACGUCUUUUUUAAUUUGUAUUUUUUUACUGCUUUGGAAAAUAAAUGUUAAAACUUAACAGGAGUUUUUUUUUUUCUUGCAGUGUUAAUGCUUAGAGACUAAAGGAAUGAUGAAAAUUACCAAUAUCAGGCAAAAUUAAAACAUAUUUAUCU